AUGAGGUCCAAUCCUAGCCAGAUGGACCCAAAUAUAUGGUGUGAAUACGAUGACAUUAAUGGUCACAGGACUAGGGACUACCGGCACCUCCGUGAAGAAGUGGCAACGCUGUUAAAAAAUGGUCACCUUAGAGAAUUCUUGAGCGAUCGAGCCAAAAAUAACUAUGGCCGGGACAAGGGCGACAUGCAAAACUCGAGAGCAGGAAAGGAACCUCCACGCCAAAUGAUCAACAUGAUCUUCGGAGGGAAUGAGAUUAAUGGGAUCACCUUCUCGGCCGCAAAGAAGAUAAAAGUAUCGACAACCCAUAGUAAGAGGCUCCACGAGGAUGAUAUCAUGUUCACUGAUGAAGACGCGUACGGAUUACAACUGCCGCACAAUGAUUCACUGGAAAUCUCCUUAAAUGUGUUAAAUUUCAAAAUUAAACAUGUUUUAGUGCACCCAGGAAGUUCUGCCAAUAUCAUACAAUGGAGAGUUCUAGAUCAAGAUAAACUCACCAGGAGCAUCGUACCUGCAACAAAGCUCCUUGAUGGGUUCAACCUCGCAAGCGUGACAACCCUAGGGGAAUAG